CAGACGCCUCUUGCACAGCGGGCAGGAAGAGAUGGCAGCAGGAGAGACACAGCUCUAUGCCAAGGUCUCCAACAAGCUGAAGAGCCGCAGCGCCUCCUCGCUCCUGGACCCCCUCCUGGCCAUGGGCUUCCCAGCACACACAGCGCUGAAGGCACUGGCGGCCACUGGGAGAAAGACGGCGGAGGAGGCUUGUGAAUGGCUGCAUGCCCACUGCCAUGACCCUUCCCUGGAUGACCCCAUUCCCCAGGAGUACGCCCUCUUCCUCUGUCCCACGGGGUCCCUGCUGGAAAAACUUCAAGAGUUCUGGAGAGAGAGUAGGCGCCAGUGUGCAAAGAACAGAGCUCACGAGGUCUUCCCUCACGUGACACUGUGCGACUUCUUCACGUGUGAAGACCAGAAGGUGGAAUGUUUGUAUGAAGCACUAAAGAGAGCAGGAGACAGGGCCCUGGGGUCCUUCCCUGCCACCGUCCCUCUGGUUCUCCACUCCUCUAUCAGUUACCUGGGCUUCUUCAUCAACGACAGCCCUGCUGACGUCAUCCGGGGAUUUGCCAUGGCCUUUGCCACGGAGGCAUCCAUCUUGGCAGACUGCAUCGUGAAGCCCUGCACCAAGCAACUGCACCUGACCUUGGCGAACAAGUUCUACCCACACCACCAGAGGACACUGGAGCAGCUAGCCAGAUCCAUCCAGCCCGGCCACAGCUGCCAGUGGACAGCUUCCCUGUACUCCCGAGACAUGCGCUUUGUGCACUACCAGACCUUGAAGGCCCGGUUCCAGUACAAGCCCCAGAACGUGGACGAGCUGACACUCAGUCCCGGCGACUUCAUUUUUGUGGACCCCACUCAGCAGGAGGAAGCCAGCGAGGGCUGGGCCAUCGGGACCUCCCAGCGGACAGGGUGCAGAGGCUUCCUGCCAGAGAACUACACAGAACGAGCAAGCGAGGCGGACACCUGGGUGAGGCACAGGACGUACACCUUCGGUCUAGCCAUGGACCUGAACUCUAGGAAAGAUGGUGGAACCAGCGGCAGACGAAAUGGGGACUCCUGCCCCUCUCCAAUGUCAAGGAGUCUGAGCAGCAGUCAGGUUUUGCAGGCCACAAUUGUGAGGAGAAGUGUGCUGGUGGUGCACCAUGGGGAGCGACUGGACCAGAUCUUUGGGAAGUCAUGGCUGCAGCAGUGUUCCACUCCAGAUGGAAAGUUCUACAGGCCAGACCUAAAUGUCCCUCGAAGCCUGCCCAGACGGAGCAAUGGCAUCAAAGACUUUGAAAACGAUCCACCAUUGUCGUCCUGUGGAAUUUUCCAGUCCAGACUUGCAGGGGAAGCACUACUGGACAGUGGCAUCAGAGUCACAGCUGUGUUCGCCUCCCCAGCCCUGCGCUGUGUGCAGACGGCCAAACACAUCCUGGAAGAGCAGAGGAUCCCAGACCCUCCAUCCAGGAAGGACAGAGGGACAAGGGAGCAGAAUUGGAGAGACCAAGAACUCAAACUGGAGAGAAAACUGAAGAUAAGAGUGGAGCCCGGAAUCUUCGAAUGGAUGAAGUGGGAAGCCAGCAAAACCACCCCGGCCUUCAUGACCUUAGAGGAGCUGAAAGAGGCAAAUUUCAAUGUUGACCCUGAGUAUAGGCCUGCGAUCCCCAGCAGCUCCCUCAUGCCAGCCGAGAGCUACGAGGACUAUGUGGACAGGUGCGCUGUGAGCAUGGGGAGGAUCAUCGGCUCCUGCCCACCAGACAUGGGUGUCAUCCUCAUCGUGAGUCACAGCUCAGCACUGGACUCCUGCACCCGGCCACUCCUUGGGCUGCCACCCCGGGAAUGUGGGGAUUUUGCCCAGCUGGUGAGAAAGAUUCCUUCCCUGGGAAUGUGCUUCUGUGAGGAAAACAAAGAGCAAGGACAGUGGGAGUUGGUGAACCCGCCAGUGAAGACGCUGACACACGGGUCCAACUCGGCAUUUAACUGGAGGAACUGGAUCUCUGCCAGCUGAGCAGGCCUGACACUUGCCAUCACUUCGUAAAAAGUUUUGCUGAGGUACAAGAUCCUGCUAUUGUGCUGGGGUCUUAGCCUCACCCGACGUGACUUGAAUAAGCACAAAAUGCACUUUGAUAUUCCAGAUGACUUGCCACUUGCUCUUAUCUUUGUCACUGCCUUCUGUGUGUCCGCUGUCCCAUAAGCUCAGCCACGGGAGCACAGAGCUGCCGAGUUAGGAUGGCGCGCUGUGACAUGUGUGCUGGCUUGCCGUGACUGUCCUUCCUAGGCAUGGGAGACUCACCACUGCACGCACGAAGGCUGCAAUUACUUUAUUUUUUAUGUUCUUAUAAGUCAAGUCCCCAGACAUUUUUCCGUUUUCAGUUCAAUCUUCAGCUAUGUCCACACUGGCUGAAAGAGGUGUAAUAGCCAAUCAAGUGCUGCAAAGGAUCACCCAACAGGUCAAAACCAGGAAAUGCUGUUGGUAGCAACACUGUGUGCUAAUUUCCUGACACUGCUAUAACAAUAAUUGAAAACCACACAAUUUUGACGCACACCAACUCAUUCUCUUACAGUUCUGGAGGUCAGGGUUUCUUACUGGGUCGCCAGGCUGUGCUCCUUCUGGAGGCACGAGAGUACCCUUUUCCUUGCCUUCUCCAGUGUCUGGAGCUGCUGGCACUCCUUGUCCCCUAGCCUCUACCCCAUCCACGAGGCCAGCAGUGCAGUGUCCUGCAAUUUCUCUCUGUCUCUCUGCUCCCACAUGGCCUCUGCCUCUCAGCCAUCUGCCUCCCUCUCACGGAGAUCCAUAUGAUGACGCCAGGCCCACCUAGUGUCUUAUCUCAAAAUCCUUCACAGCCACAUCUGCGAAGUCCCUUUGGCUAUGGUGGUCACAUGUUCACAGUCCCAGGAAGGAGAACGUGAACAAUUUUGGGGAUAUCCUUCAGCCUGUCCCUCUGAUCACAUCAGGCCUGCUCAUGCAAGGUCUGGGUGUAAGGGUCUGACACACCCCACUCUGCACGGGUCUUUUUGGGCCUCUCCUUUUCUCAUUUCUGAUCAAGGGGAAGGGGGUGGGGACUUUGCAAAUGGAAGGUGUGGGUUCACCCAACUUAAUGGGCAGUCAAGAAAAGGGCCACCAGCAAAGAGAAGUAUGUCCCAUGACAAUGAAAACCCAGACAUGGCUCUGGCUUUGAGGAAGUGAAUGGGGACAUCUCCACUGGUGUCCUCCUGUCCUCCACAGCCUAUGCACAGGGCACCUUAAACCUCAGGCAAAUUCCCACCAUGAUACAACAGAAAUGGGUCCUUCCUCUCCAGCUCUACUCCCAUUCUGAGGUCCUCUCAAGCUCCUGCAGGGGCUGUGACUGAUGUGCCUGGCCUUUUUAUGGGACACUGAGCUGGGAGGAAGGGGCUGGCUCCUUACCUCCAGCUUUCCCCUGGGACUACCCAGGCAAGCUGGACAAAAACUAAAGGAGCUCUUGCAGAAGUAAAGGCAGCAAAUGCCCUGAGCUGGAAGGGAACCAACCUGCGCCCAUGGAGGCCAGGAGGCUGUUUUAGUCACAGUCAUUUUCCUGAAAUAAAGGUGUGACUUCUUUAUUUUACUAGUGACUUUAUUCUACAUGCAAACAAAGAAGUGUAAGGUUGCCAUGGCAACCUAGAGAGCAAAGAACAAAGAGCCCAGCCCAUUCCUGGCCUGCACCUGUGUCCCGGUAGGAACCUAGAUGUGCCUGGCAGGUCCUGAUUGGUGGCCAUGAACAAGUCUGAGCUGUGGGACGGCUCGGUCUUCUCCACGGCAGGCCUGUGGUGAGCUCAGCACCACAUUCACUA